AUGAAUGAACCGAACCCACUUUUACCAGACAAUAUAAAACCACCAUAUCCCAUCAUUAAGAAGAAACUGGUAUUGUUGAAAGGUGGAAAGCAUAAAUUGGCUCAAGAACAGGUCAACAUGACAGAAAAAAAGGAGACGAUUGAACUGUCGGAAGUUCCACCAAAGAUGAAGGAUCCAAGGGAGUUCAACAUCACUUGCACCAUUGGUGGGUUAAAAAUCCCACAUGCUUUAUGUGACUUAGGAUCGAGCAUCAAUGUUACGUCACUGAGAAAAUUUAAGGAAUUGGAUAUCAGAGAGAUUAUAUCGAACAAUAUGACACUCACUUUGGCUGAUUCAUCUGUGACUCGUCCACUUGGUAUUGUACAAGACAUGCUAGUUCAUGUCGAUGGUUUGAACUUCCCUGUAGAAAUUGUGGUGAUUGACAUGAAAAAAAUGAUUCAGAAGGAUCACUUAUUCCCGGGCAUCCAUUCUUGGCAACCAGGAAGGCAAAAAUAG